UUGUACAAUGACCAUUAUACCCUUCUCAGACCGACUCAUCAUUCUUCCUCUGCCCGUUUCCUCCGACGGUUUGAAUUUUGCUGAAAUUUCCCCAAAUUGGGAAAACCCUAGAAAUCUCCAUGAGAAUCUUCUCCAUCUGAGUCCAAAAAUCAAGGGCCACCAAUGACCAGACCCAGCCGAUCAUCAUCAAGCCCCAACACGAACCCAGAUCUAAUCGAAUCACCAACGAGCUCGAGAUCGGUGACACAAACCGUGAACGGAUCGCACCAAUUCGUGAUCCAAGGAUACAGUUUAGCCAAAGGGAUUGGAGUAGGGAAACACAUAGCAAGUGAUAACUUCUCCGUCGGAGGUUAUCAAUGGACUAUCUUUGUCUACCCAGAUGGUAAGAACCAAGAGGACAGCUCUUCUUACGUCUCUGUGUUCAUCGUUCUCGCUAGUGAAGGUACUGAAGUUAGAGCGCUUUUCGAGCUUUCCCUUGUUGAUCAAAGUGGUAAAGGGAAGCAUAAGGUUCAUAGCCAUUUCGAUCGUUCACUUGAUGGUGGUCCUUACACUCUUAAAUACAGAGGAAGUAUGUGGGGAUACAAGCGUUUCUUCAGACGUUCCUUGCUUGAGACAUCUGACUACCUGAAAGACGAUUGUUUGAAAAUCAAUUGUACAGUUGGAGUUGUUGUUUCAGAAAUACAUUGUCCACGGCUACACUCUAUACAUGUCCCAGAUUCAGAACUUGGAUCAGACUUUGGGAAGUUGCUAGAUACUUUGGAAGGCUCGGAUGUCAAAUUUGACAUUGCUGGUGAGAAGUUUCAAGCUCAUAAAUUGGUUUUGGCUGCACGAUCUUCCGAUUUGGAACCUAAGGUCUUCAAGGCCUUGUUACACUUCAUGUAUAAAGACUCUCUCUCGGGAGAUGUGGAACCAGUUACGGCUCAUUCAUUUGGCCUAUUAAAGCUGUCCGAGAUAGAUGAGACACUGAUCGUAAAGCUUUUGGCAGCUGCGACCAAAUACAAUCUGAGUAGGCUCAGAUCAUUGUGUGAAUCUCACAUCUGCAAAGCCGUAUCUAUCAGCUCCGUAUCCAAGAUCUUAGCUUUAUCCGACAGAUAUAAUGCAACUGAACUAAAAAGCGUUUCCCUAAACUUCGCUGCAGAAAACCUAGCAGCUGUUCUGCAGACAAAAGCUUAUGAAGAUGUGAAGGAUGACUAUCCAAACCUCCAGUCCGAGCUACUAAAGGCGGUGGCUGGUUAUGACGAAACAAGUAGCAGCGGAGGAGGAAAGUCUCAGAGUGUUUGGGGCCAACUCUCUGACGGUGGUGAGACCAGCAGCCGAAGACUCAGGCAGCGAACCACGUAGAGGAGCUUCAAUUCGGUGUGUCUUUCCUUGCCCAUAUAUGUUACUCAAUGAAAGGGAAGUGGAUUCAAACUCCUAAACCACAAGAGAAGAGCUAUGCGGCUGUGCACUAGUCUUUCUAGUCCCUCUUCGGUGAUGAUUUUGGUUUUCCACCUUUCAUUUUCCUCCACAGCUCUGUGGAUUUUUCUUUUUUGGUUUUAUUUUCAAAGUCUUUAUUUUCAUAUCUGUAUGUAAUAUAAAUUUAUUUUAUU